UUCUAGUUAUGUCAAAGAUUAUGAAGACAAUGUUAUUGAUUUUUACGACUGUGAUCUUAGCAGUAUUGAGAACUCGGAUGUUGAAGAUAAUCUACUGUUGUCUUUUGAAAAUGAUUCUUCAAUAGAUGAUUGCAUUUUUAAUGAAAAAGGAGACAAAUUGAAAAAUGCAACUAAUUCUACCAGUAAUGAACAAACAUGUAAAAAUAGUUUAAAAAUCCAAAAUGUAGGUUCUCCUUCUGAGAGUCUUAAUAAUUUGACUAAUGUAGAGACUCCAGUUUCAUUAAUUCAUUCACCUAGUCAUGAACAUCAGAACAAUAAGAUUAUGAGUACUAGUAUAUCUAUGAAACAAAUGGGAAUGAAUCCUGAUACUGAUGAUAAGUUGGAAAGUUUUAACCACUCAGAUGUCAAAAUUGCUGCUUGUAAUACAGUACAUAGUAUCAAUGAAUCUAACAACAUUAAUAGAAUUGAUUCUGAUGAUUUGUGUAAAGACCAAGGUGAAUUAAAGAGUAAUUUUAAUGAGGACCAGAAUUUAGAAGUUUUAUAUGAAAAUCAUAAUCAAAACAAUGAAAAUAAAACAUAUUCCGAGUAUAAUACACAUCAGAAUAUAGAAAAGUCUCUAAGUCCAUAUAAAGAUAGUGGAUUUGAAAGUUCAAAAGUAUCCAGUGUGAAAAAUACUGAAAAUGAGGAGAUUACUAAAAUAAAUACAGUUAAAUCUACUAGUUCGGAUAUAAAUCAAAAUGUUAACGAAUCGAUCGUCUCACCUUAUAUAUCUCAGUCUUUAGCAAAAUCUACUAACCUUAAAAGUGCAUUGGCAAAAAAAGCAGCUGCAAAUAUAAAUAUCCGCGAUAUGGGUGAUAAAGCCUUGUCCACUUAUUUAACUCAACAAACAAUGACAUUGGAUGUCUUAAAGGUUUUACAUAAGUCUUUAGAUACAUGUCCAUCAUCUGGUGUAUUAAUGGAAGAUCCCGAAGGGUUAGUUGUACCUCUCAUGCCACAUCAAAAACAUGCCAUUGCUUGGCUUAUUUGGAGAGAAAGUCAGGAGCCACGUGGUGGAAUUUUAGCGGAUGACAUGGGUUUGGGUAAAACGCUAUCCAUGAUUUCAUUAAUUUUAAAGUUAAAAGAAAAAUUACAAGACAGCUUACUACCACUGGAAGAAUCUAUUGACAACAAAAGGAAUGAUUUUAUCAUUGGUGGAACAUUGGUCAUUUGUCCAGCUUCCUUGAUCAAUCAAUGGGAAACUGAGGUAAAAACUAAAUUGAAACCGGGACUAUUAAAAGUUGGCCAAUAUUACGGAAUAAAUAGAAAUUUUUCAGCUUUAGAGCUGGCAGAAAAUGAUUUGGUAAUUACAUCCUACCAUGUAGUUAUGUGGGAUCAUAAAAUACGACAGAAUUCAAGUCCUUUAUAUAAAAUAAAGUGGGAUCGCGUUAUUUUGGAUGAAGGCCAUAAUAUCAGAAAUCAUAAAACUCAAACUUCAGUUGCUGUAUGUAAUAUUAAAAGUUUAAAUCGAUGGGCAAUCACGGGAACUCCAAUCCAUAACAAGGAGGCAGAUUUUUUUACUUUGUUGAACAAUCUUUUUGCUACAUAUCUAUAUGAUAGAGCUGCUAAAGAAAAAUUAUUUGACCCAAGUAUCAAAGUGCAAUGUAAAGUUCAAUAUUUUCAAG